GCCAGCGGGCUCUUGUGGCUCUCAGAGGUCAUCGAGGAGCAUUCGAGAAGCGCAAAGCUGAUUGGCACGAGGGGGAUAUACGCCAUCAUCGCCCUGCACGUCCUCCUCUACUGGACGGACUCGCUCCCGCUUCCCAAAGUGCUCUUCUCCGUCCUCUGCCACGUCGUCUACCUGCAGAACUUCUCGCGCACGUGGCCGCUCAUCUCGCUCACCUCCCCGUCCUUCGUCGCGUCCUGCGCGCUCGUCAUCGUCGACCACUUCAUCUGGUUCUUCCACUUUGCGCAGCUCACGAACGACACGCGGCUGCGCGCGAGCAGGGCCUACCGCGGGCCGAAGCCCGCGCCCGCCGGCAUCCCGAGCUUCGGGGACAUGGCCACCUUCUUCGGUGUAUGCGUCUGGCUCGCGCCCCUGUUCCUCUUCCUGAGCCUGAGCGCGAACGACAACGCGCUGCCGACCGCCUCAGGCAAG